AUGAAUCCGCCGUGCAUCUUUACAAACUCGAAGCUAACAAACCCCAGUCCCGACCGCGUGACCCUCUACACAAUAGACUCAACCCCCCUCUUCUUCCAACCCAUUGACGGACCCCCAGUCCCUCACCUCCGCCUCAUCCACGCCUACCCCACCGCCAUCCCGACAAUCCAGAUCGACCGCGGUGCCAUCCGCUUCGUGCUCUCCGGCGCAACGCUCAUGGCUCCCGGUCUCACCUCGCCCGGUGGCCGUCUACCUGAUGCCGAGCAUGCGCUUGAGGCUGGGCAGAUUGUUGGUGUUAAGGCCGAGGGUAAGGAGGAGAUUUGUAUGGUUGGCAUGUUGAAGGUUGGAACUGAGGAGAUUAAGAGUAAAGGAAAGGGUGUUGUUAUUGAUGAGGGGCAUUAUCUUGGUGAUGGACUUUGGAGAAUGCAUUUGGAUUAA